GUGCGUAUGGGACAGUGUGAUCUGCAGUGGAGUAAAGGAUGGAUCGUUGGAACGGAAAAGUAGCGAUUGUGACCGGCGCUAGCUCCGGGAUUGGAGAGGCGAUUUCAGAAGGUCUGGUGAAACGCGGAGUUAAGGUCGUUGGCCUCGCGAGACGAGUGGACAAGCUCCAGGAACUGACCUCGAAACUGGGCAAAGAUAAGUUUUAUUUCGUCCAAUGCGACCUUAGGAAGGAGGAAGAUCUCCUGAAGGCGUUUAAAUGGGUCGAGAAAGAACUGGGAGGGGCUGAUAUCUUAGUAAACAACGCGGGAACUGUACAGUUAGUCAAUGUCGUAGAUUCGACUACUGAGGAGUACUAUAAAGUAAUAGACACGAACCUCAUAGCGCCGGCGAUUUGUGCACGAGAAACAGUUCAGUCUCUAAGAAAGCGAAAUGCAUCCGGGCACAUAAUUAACAUCAACAGUAUCGCUGGCCACUUUGCCGAGAGUCUGCAUACGCCACUUGGAAUGUAUGCUGCUAGCAAGUACGGUUUGACCGCUUUGAGCACGGAACUACGUCACGAAAUAAUAGCAGGAAAUUUAAGUAUUAAAGUCACGAGCGUCAGUCCAGGAUUAGUGAAUACAGAGAUGGUAAGUAAGUAUCUGCCUGCAGAUAAAAAAAUACCCAUACUGCAAGCCCAGGAUGUCGCGGACGCAGCGCUUUAUGCGUUAGGAACACCGGAACAUGUGGAGAUCCCCGAACUUAUGAUUAUACCACACGGUACACCGAUAGGAGGUAACGCAGACUCGCCAGUCACACCCCGGAACCCAUAAGGAAACAUUGGAUCGUCUUUAAAAUACAGAACAAAAAAUGUUAAUUAAGAAGAUCCUUACAAUUUUUCAAAACAUUCUUAAAUGUAUGAGAAUAUUCAAAUAAAUAAAGGAAAUUUCCAUUA